CACAGGAAUACGAACUAGCACAUAGGUCCAUAUUUGAAAAGCAAUUCUAUGACUGAUAUGGAGCAAAGUUUACUGUUGUACCAUUGCUAAAACGCAAAGCCAUCAACGGCCAAGACUCGGGUGCAGCUCCCGCUGCAUUCUAAUAUAAGCUGGAGAUGUUUCUCAGCCUUGCUGCCAAAUCAUCCGGCCCGAAGUGGAGACGUUAGUCUCUACGCUGUGCGGGGUUUCUCAUGUGGAUAGAUCAUAAGUUAGUGAGAAAGUGCCAAGUUGAAAACACAUCGUUCUGAGUUCUGUUUCUCUAGAAGCCUGGGGAGAAGUUAGCAAAUCUGGAAAUAGACAAUGUCAUCGUACAAGUACCCCCCUCUCCCUUCGGGAAAUGUAUCUACACGCAUGCUUCGCUUGUUACCGCAUGAAGAUACGAAUGCCCAAAUACAAUGCGAGCUUAUCACAUACUCUUUAUCAAAGCCAGGGAGGGGAAAGCACAUUUACGAAGCCCUGUCAUAUGUAUGGGGCAAAGAGAAGGCUUCUCGUCCUAUCUUCACAAACGGAUGUGAAUUUGCAGUUACGAAAAACCUAUACGCAGCACUGUCGCACCUCCGGGAUCAUCAGCUGGACAGGAUACUGUGGGUUGAUGCAGUAUGCAUUGACCAAGGCAACUUGGAGGAAAAGUCCGAGCAGAUUGGGCUCAUGAGGAGGAUAUACGCCCAAGCGAACUGCGUUAUUGUCUGGCUGGGAAAGGAGGAAGAGGGUAGCGACAAAGCGAUUGAAAGGAUUCGCUCCGCGGCAGGAGAUGUGUCUCUGAAGCCAUUACCUCCAAAACCGGAUACAAAUACCAUUUAUCCUAUGCUUACCAAGGAGGAGGAGUCUUCACUCCGGGACAAGAUCGAGAAAGAACAUGCACCAAUAGAUCAUACGGAAUGCUUGAACUUGCUGCAGCGACCUUGGUUCCGCCGCAUUUGGGUUCUACAGGAAGUCGGUGUUGCAAAGUGGAUUUCCAUCAUGUGCGGCUUUGCUGAGAUAAACGGAUACAGCUUUUGCGCCGGCUUGAGCAACCUAGAGUUCAGUGAGGGGUUAAUCAUACCAGGCCAAAUUCGCCCAGUAACCAAUCUCAUGAGAAGGUCUAUUUUUCGGCCACCGUACACGUCUGAGCUACACGGCCAAUUCACUCUAGGGGAACUAAUUGACAUGUAUCAUACCCAUGAGGCUACUAAGCAACAUGACAAAGUGUAUGCGAUACUUGGACUAAGCACAGAUGAAACUGCUCUAUCGGCUAAUUACAAACUACCAUGGAGCUCGGUAUUCCGACAGUUGGUCACAUAUAUCUUCCCAGGUAUUUGUGACAUUAAGAUACGUGGCACAUCAGUGCUCGAGGGCAGGGGGUGUAUUCUGGGUUUAAUUGACUCGGUUACGCACCACGGGAUUGAACAUGAGCGACAACGAGUAGAUGUUUUCUUUAAUAAUACUGCCCAUGCAAGUUACUACGAGUCUUCCUGGAGCUCUCGUUGGGAGCUUCAGGCGUCAGCCAAGCCUAUCGAGAAAGGCGACAUUGUCUGGCUCUUUUCCGGGGCUUUAAAGCCUAGUAUUAUUCGGCUCAGUAGAGAUUAUUUCAAUGUUAUCUCUAUUGGCGUGUCGCCAAGGCUGGACAGUUGUGAGGCUGGAAUGAGCUCGGUCCCUGAUAAGAAUCGCGAAGCAACGUCUCCGGUGAAUCUUCAUGACAUCUCUGUUAUCUGGAACCUGGAAGUUACCCCAAACUACCCCGAAGCAGCUAGUGGAAGUGAACUUCACCCAGGAUCCUCGGCACCAGGAGGUUCGGACUCGACCCAAACGGCCAAGAGAUGUGAUGAUAACCCCGCCCUUGAAGAGAUUGCCAUGAUGAUAUUGAACAAGCCACUCGGCGCAGGAAAGGCAAUGGAAUCCUUUCUUCAUCAUGAAACAUCCACAUUUAAAAUCCCGGAAAGGUUAGUCAAAGCAGUAGCGGCCAGUACCGGUGAAGAAGCACAUUUGGUAAUGGAGGCGCUCUGUAAGCAAAGAAGCACCCUACCCACCACUGAAGAAGUCGUUCAAGCAGCGGCAGCGAACCCUAACAGAGGACAUUAUAUUAUCAACGUCCUCUUUGAAUAUAAAGGAGACGGCCUCCCUAUCACUGAAGAGGUAGUGAAGACAGCGGUCACAAACCCUGGCCGAGCACUCGAAAUCAUUCAUAUAUUUUGUAGGCUUAGAGGAGCGAGCCUUCCUGUUACUGAGGAGGUUAUUAUGGCAGCGGUAUCCACCCCUGGCCACAAUGCCUAUUAUGUCAUGAAAGCCUUGUGUAGAUGCAGAGAUGACCUCCCAAUCUCAAGGGAAGUGCUCAGGGCAGCAGGAAAUCAACUUGAACAGGGAUAUAAGAUCCUUCGGUUAUUGAGUGACUCUGGGUAUGACAUUUACCCGCCUGUUCGCUGAUUCUGGGAUAUAUUUCAACCCCUCAACAAGUGCCUUGCUGUAUACACAUGUAACAUACUACUCUUUAUUGAGAAGUCCGCAGCUGCUCUAUCCUUGUAGUAUAAGAUAUUUCCCAAGAAUGUGGGCUUUACACCUAUGUCGGUCUGAAAUUCUAGCAAAGUCUUUAGCUAUAUAACACGGGCCUAGAAUCCGUCAAGUCAGUGUGUCAGGAAUAUAACUCUUACAAAAAUGGAAAUUAAUCACUCAUGAAACAAGAAGAAAGAUAAAACCCUACUAUCUCGAGUCUCGAAUGGGUUGCUUAAAUAGCGCUUUCAGGUGAGAAUCCCCUCGGGGUAUGUCGAAUAUUCGCCGAGAUAGAGCUCGGAUAUACCCUAAUUAGCCUCACGUGCUAUAGUAGUGUAAGAUGCACACGUGAUGCCCUCUGCCCAGGCGAAUAGUCUCGAGUUCAUUAAUCUCACCGCGUAUCUGAUGAGCAGUUCUCUUCCAUUGAGUCCAUCAGAAGCCGCUUUCUACUAUCACGAGCGAAAAAGGUCUGGUAUAAGAUGAAAACGAAUAAAACAUACGCGUAUCCUCUUCAAAUAUACUUAUAUCAGCAAGCGUUCUAACUGUCACGUUUGACAAUUCAUGUUAACAUGGUUUAUACUCAUGCCU